GGGGGGCGCAGGGAGGAGGGCCGGGGCGCGGGGGAGCGCGGGGACAUGGCAAAGCUGGACGAUGAGGAGGGGGCAGCGGUGGCACCCGGGCACCCGCCCGCGAAUGGAUACCUCCUGGUCCCGGGGGGCGAGCCCCCCGGAAAGCUGAGCUCCGAGCCGCAGAACGGACCCAAAGCCGGCUGCCUGACCCCGAAUGGAGUGUCUCGGGACCGCCUCGUGGCCGCCGCUGAAUCCCUCGGCAGGCCGCAGACUCCGCUGGCUCCAGAGGAGGAGACCCAGACCCGGCUGCUGCCUGCGGGCCCCGGGGAGGAAACCCCCGGGGCCGAGGGCUCCCGGGUGCCCCAGACGGCGCUCUCUGCGCGGCGCUUUGUGGUGCUCCUGAUCUUCAGCCUGUACUCGCUGGUGAACGCCUUUCAGUGGAUCCAAUACAGCAUCAUCAGCAAUGUCUUUGAGGGCUUCUAUGGCGUCUCCUCCCUGCACAUCGACUGGCUGUCCAUGGUGUACAUGCUGGCCUACGUGCCCCUCGUUUUCCCCGCCACGUGGCUGCUGGACACCAGAGGCCUGCGGCUCACGGCCCUACUGGGCUCCGGCCUCAACUGCCUGGGCGCCUGGAUCAAGUGCGCCAGUGUCCAGCGGCAUCUCUUCUGGGUCACCAUGCUGGGCCAGUGCCUGUGCUCCGUGGCCCAGGUGUUCAUCCUCGGCUUGCCCUCCCGCAUCGCCUCGGUGUGGUUUGGGCCCAAGGAGGUAUCCACAGCUUGUGCCACUGCCGUGCUAGGCAAUCAGCUUGGAACUGCAGUUGGCUUUUUGCUACCACCGGUUUUAGUGCCCAACACACAGAAUAACACAGAUCUUCUGGCUUGUAAUAUCAGUACCAUGUUUUAUGGAACAUCAGCCAUCGCCACAUUUUUAUGUCUUUUAACAGUAAUUGCAUUCAAAGAAAAACCUCAGUAUCCACCGAGUCAGGCUCAAGCAGUUCUUCAAAAAAGUUCCCCUGCUGAAUACUCCUAUAAGAAAUCAAUAAGGAACCUAUUUAGAAACAUUCCUUUUGUCCUUCUCUUGAUCACUUAUGGUAUCAUAACUGGAGCAUUUUACUCAGUCUCAACAUUAUUAAAUCAAAUGAUACUGACAUAUUAUAAGGGAGAAGAAAUCAAUGCUGGAAGGAUUGGGCUAACAUUGGUAGUAGCUGGAAUGGUAGGCUCUAUUCUUUGUGGCUUGUGGCUAGAUCAUACCAAAACAUACAAACAGACUACUCUGAUAGUUUACAUUUUGUCUUUUUUGGGAAUGGUUGUAUUUACUGUCACGUUGGACCUUGGACACAUUGCCGUCGUGUUCGUUACUGGAGGGGUACUCGGUUUCUUCAUGACCGGUUACCUCCCAUUGGGUUUUGAAUUUGCUGUUGAAAUCACUUACCCAGAAUCUGAAGGUACUUCCUCUGGUCUUCUUAAUGCCUCAGCACAGAUAUUUGGAAUUUUGUUCACAUUGGCUCAAGGAAAGCUCACGUCAGCCUAUGGUCCUAGGGCAGGGAAUGUUUUCCUCUGUAUUUGGAUGUUUCUAGGCAUCAUUUUAACAGCAUUAAUCAAAUCUGAUCUCAAAAGACACAAUAUAAACAUAGGAAUUGUGAACGGUGAUAUUAAAGCUGUACCAGUUGAAGAUAGUCCCACAGAUCAAGAAUCCAAAACUAUGAUGAUGUCCAAGCAGUCAGAAUCGGCAAUUUGAGGUGAAAGAAGAAGUUAACAUCAUGUGAUAGUUGAGCAGUAAGGCUUGGUUUAUACAUGACAGGAGAUGGAUACUUAAUUGAAAAUUAUUAUGUGACCUCUGACUAUAGUUACUGUCUUGCUUCAUUGUUAACGUAAGCAAGAUUUUGCUUAAGAGACUUCGGCUCACAUCCUAUCAACACUACCAUUUAUCUACUGAGCAUCCCAUUGUUAAUCCCCUACUGCUGAUCAGAAAGUAAGCUUCUUGACGUGUAUUUUCCAGAAGUGUUUUCUUUUCUAUGGAAAAUAGACGGUCAGAGGCUUUCUAAAAUAAUAAUGUGGAGGUCUAAUCCCCUUAAGUUACAGAGGAGUAUAUACCAUUUAGAACCAAGCGUGCAAUAUAUCCCUAAUUGGCUCCCUUUCCAUUAUUCUGACCAACUGUCCAGUCGGCCUCAGUGGGAGUACCAACAUGGCACUUCUAAGCCCUCAAAGGACAGCACUGGGAUGAGACUUCCACGGAACCUCUAAGAUUUUUCUGGCUUCUUCUAUUCUUGUUAAACAGUGCUUUGUAACAUGUACUCUCGAUGACCAUCAAAACUAUUCUGUGUACACGUUGAACCCACGACUUUGGUCUUAGACUCGUGUUCUAAUUAAGCUAAGGAGCCCAGACACAGGCUCAUUACCUUGAGUUCUCUGCACUGCCUUCCUACCAUGGCCUAAAUGCUAAAACUGUUUUUUUUCACUCCAACUUGGAAUAGAAUGAUUUUGUACCCACUGCCUUGUUUACUCUCUUUUUUUCAAUGCAAGCAUGCCUUGGCGAUAUUGCGGGGUCAGCUCCAGACCAUUCAGAAUAAAGCAAGUAUCACCAUAAAGUGAUUCGAAUGAAUUCUUUGGUUUCCCAGUCCACAUAAAAGUCAUGUUUACACUAUUCUGUAGUCUGUUAAGUGUGCAGUAGACUGAAAGAACAAUGUACACACCUUAAAGGAAAAAAGACCUCUUGCUAAAAAGUGCUAACCAUCAUCUGAGCUCUCAGCAAGUCAUAACUGCUGAUCACAGAUUACCUACUAAAUAGAAUAAUAAUGACAAAGUUUGAAAUACUGCAAGAAUUACCAAAAUGUGACACAGAGACACAAGCAAGCAGAUACUUUUGGAAAAAUGUCACCAAUGGACUUGCUUGAUGCAGGGUUGCCACAA